AUGCAAGGCCUCUCAGCAUCUUCCAAGCUGUCCCUGACCGUCUUGUUCACGGUGUUCCUGCUGGGUUUUGCAGGCGCCGCCCAUGGCCGCAGGAGGAGGCAAGUCUCCGACGACGAGGACAAGCCGUGCAAGAAGAUGACGCUCUACUACCACGACAUCCUCUACAACGGCGUGAACAAUACGGCCAACGCGACGUCGGUGGCGUCUACCAAGCCGACAGCGCUGAGCACGACCCACCGGAAGAAUGGCACCUACUUCGGCACACUGGUGACCUUCGACGACCCGAUGACGGCGGGGAAGGCUCUUCCGGUCGCGGGGGAGGAGCCUGUGGCGCGCGCGCAUGGGUUCUACCUCUACGACCAGGAAAAACGAGAUCUCUCUGUUGUCGGCGGCACUGGCGACUUCUUCAUGACCCGCGGCAUCGCCACGCUUUAG